AAAAAAAAAAAAAAAACAGGAGGAGGAAGAAAACCACACACUACCCCGGGUAGCUAUGGAGAUGGAGCCUUUUCCUGGCCGCUUUCUUUGACAGGCGUCGAGUAGGGGCUUAAAAAUCUUUCAAAAACGGAGUCCAACAUGUACGCCAAAGGGAAAGGAGCCGUGGUGCCGUCCGAUAGCCAAGCGCGAGAGAAGUUGGCUUUAUACGUCUACGAAUACUUGCUACAUGUUGGUGCUCAGAAAUCUGCACAGACCUUCUUGUCUGAGAUCCGGUGGGAGAAGAACAUUACUCUAGGAGAGCCCCCAGGAUUCCUGCAUUCAUGGUGGUGCGUGUUCUGGGAUCUGUACUGCGCCGCACCGGACAGACGUGAGACCUGCGAGCAUUCCAGCGAGGCCAAGGCCUUCCAUGACUACAGCGCAGCAGCGGCACCCAGCCCUGUAAUGGGGAACAUGCCCCCUAAUGAUGGCAUGCCUGGUGGACCCAUGCCCCCUGGCUUCUUUCAGGGCCCUCCCGGGUCGCAGCCGUCUCCCCACGCACAGCCUCCCCCACACAACCCCAGCAACCCCAUGAUGGGACCCCACGGCCAGCCUUUCAUGUCUCCGCGGUACCCGGGUGGACCUCGGCCGUCCCUCCGCAUGCCAAACCAGCCUCCUGUCGGGGUUCCUGGGUCACAGCCACUCUUGCCAAACAAUCUGGACCCUACCAGACCACAAGGACACCCCAGCAUGGGCGGCCCCAUGAGAAUGAAUCCGCCUAGAGGGAUGGGUAGCAUGGGUCCACAGAACUACGGUGGAAUGAGGCCACCUCCGAACUCUCUGGGUGGGCCAGGCAUGCCUGGAAUGAACAUGGGUCCAGGAGGACGGGGUCCUUGGCCGAAUCCCAAUACUAACUCGAUAGCGUACUCCUCCUCAUCUCCGGGCAACUAUGUGGGUCCUCCAGGGGGAGGUGGUCCUCCAGGAACUCCCAUCAUGCCAAGUCCAGGAGAUUCAACAAACUCGAGCGAAAACAUAUACACAAUGAUGAACCCUAUCGGCCCUGGAGGCAACAGACCCAACUUCCCUAUGGGCCCGGGUCCUGACGGUCCGAUGGGAGGGAUGGGCUCCAUGGAGCCUCAUCAUAUGAACGGAUCAUUAGGGUCUGGUGACAUGGAUGGGUUGCCAAAGAACUCGCCCAGCAACAUGGCAGGUAUGAACAACCCGCCGGGCACACCGCGAGACGACGGCGAGAUGGGCGGCAACUUCCUCAAUCCGUUCCAAAGUGAAAGUUAUUCACCCAACAUGACGAUGAGCGUGUGAUUUUUUUUUUUUUUUUUUUUUUUUUUUUUUUUUUUUUUUUUCCUCCUUCCCCCCAUCUUUUUUUUUUUUUAAAUUCUUAAUUAUUAUUAUUGUUAUUAUUAUUUUAUUUCUUUUUCUAUUUGUUUUGUACCCCUGCAUUCCUUUCGGAACACCGCACCACCCGCACCUCACGGAACUUUCGGGCCGGUCUGCGCCGGCCUCACGGGCAGGGAUGCCGGGGCGAAGCGCAGGGACACUCACGCCAAAACGGCUGACCGGAAGCAGCCCCCGAGCCACAGGAAGAGCCUGCUUUGACUGUCUCUGCUCUGCCUUCCUCUCUGGCUCAGGACACUGAAAGAAGGGGCUUUGAGAAUACACACACACACAUACACACAUGAAAGGACAGACUGAUGGGCAGGACAGGACUGUGUGUCCCUUGACUCGGCUCUUUUUAACCCACUCCAUCUCUUCUUCUUCUUUCUCAUUCCUUAUUACUGCGCUAGAUUUCGCUCUGGGACGUGUGAUCCCUUUAUUUUAUUAUUAUUAUUAUUAUUAUUAUUAUUAUUAUUUUUAUUUUUCUUUGGAUUCCCCCUCCAUUUUAAACGUGUACAUUUUUAAACACUCAUGAAGAUGUGACGGGCUAUGAACGUUUCCAUUAUCUCUGUGUAUGUAUUGUAUUAUUAAUAAUUAUUGUUCUUUUUUUUUUGUAUUAAUAUUGUAAUGAUAAUUGAUAAGGGUAUUUUUUUUUUCUGUCUCAGAAGGGCACAUUGUAUCUCAAUAACCAUGAAAUCGUCAGAGUAAGCACAUAUUCACGAUACCCAGUGGAAACUCUUAUGAUUUAUUAUUAUUAUUAUUAAUUUUUUUUUUUUCUGUGAAUUAGUCGAUGUGUUUUUAUUUGAAUGUUUUUGGGGGAAAUGUCGAGCGUUUUUGUUUUCAUUUUUUUAACCAACAACAACAAAAAAAAAUUCUGAUGGCUUUUGCGUGAUGACUUUCGCGUGAUGACUUUCUUUUGAAAUUCCCCUUUUUCAUAAUGUAGCGAUUUGACCGAAAGCUCCACCACCGGGCGUAGAGCGUUUCUAAUAGUAAACUUUCACUCCAUGACUUUUCUCUCUCUCUCUCUCUCUCUCUCUCUCUCUCUGCUGUCGCUGUGUUAUUCCACCUCUCUGUCCACACAGUACAGUUUUCCAAAGCCCGCGUCGCUCUGUGGCUAACUUUCACUAAUCCACAAAGAAGAAUUCUCUAUAGUCAAAAACCCCUUUUUAUUUUUAUUUUUUCAAUUCUUUUUAAAUUGUGUGGUACUUUUUGGCUUUGUUCACGUUUUUUUAUUUAUUCUCCCCCUCCUCCUCCUCCCUCCCUCCUCCAUGUGUGUAUGUCUUGCACCAUGCAGCUUGCUUCAGGACAUUGUAAACAUGUAAAUAAUGCCAGUCUAAAGAUACCUCCUGCUGAAUCGACCCCUGUCCCGCCUCUGCAUGUUCCUCGGGAAGGUGAAGGGGGGAAAACGGACGUCCGUUUGAGACGCGCCCACGUGUGCUUUCUCAUUUAUUUUUUAGUUUUCUGACGGGAAGAUGGCGUGACGUUCUUCUCGGCUGACGUCCGCAUUGAAUCAUGAGCGAACGCUGCUUUUUAAAUUUUUUUCUUGGAAACGAAUCAAGACUACCUAGUUCCCGUUAAUCCUGACGGAGCUUCGCAUCACGUGAUCAUCAGCAUCUAGAGACGGCGUCUCCGCGGAGUCCUCCGAAACACGCAGAACUCCCGUAGUAGCAGAGUUACGGAGCAGGAUUCCUCGAUGUUUGUUUGUUUUGAGUUUUUAUUUUAAUUAUUUGCUUUGUUCCUCAAGGGUUUCCGAGUGCUAACCUGCCUCCCGUCAUCCGCCUUGUACGUGACGUCACUUGUUUCGUUUUCCCCUUCCCUCGGUCAUUCUUGUAAAUACUGUAAAAUGCAUUUUGAUAUCAUUGACAUGUUUUUUGAUAUUCCAGUCCUGAACACAGCACUGGAGAAAAGAAGGAGAGGAAAAAAAAAAAAAAGGUCAAAAGGAAACAGCUGAAGCUCUGUUCCCACUGGAGGGAAAGGAGAGGAAAAAAAAAAAAAAACUUCAGUGAGAAAGGAAAGAAAGUCGUCCUAUUGCACUGAUUAAUCCACUUGAUUAGGUGAAUGAUGAGAGGGGAAAUCUGUAGCAGUCCAACACACUCCUGUUUCAGCCUUGACCUGAGUGCUCAGGAUUCCCUUUAUUUUUUUAUUUUUUUUGUCCCACAGACAAGACAGACAGACGAGCAGGGCGGCCACGCUUGUGCACUUUUCCAGGAAAAAAACAAAACGGCUCAAAUCAAAACCUUCAAGGGACCAGAGAUACAACCAGGCUUUGUGAUGAAGGAUUUUUAACUAUUUAAAAUAAAAAUAAUAAAAAAAAGGAAAAAAAAAAAAAAAGUGUUUUAAACAAAAAGUCUGAGAUUUUUUUUUUUUUUCUAGGGUCAAAAUCCCAAAUUGAACACUACUCGGAGUGUGAGGUACAUUUUCUACCCUAGUGCACUUUCCUAAGGGAGUAGGGAGCAGUUUGGGAUGGAGCUGGUGUCUUCGCCCUGUUUGCCGUGCAACGUCUGUCCCAUCGGCCAUAUCCGUACUACUGUCGUGACGCUGUAUAUUAAUGUAACAUUAAGGAGAAACGGAAAGGGAGCUUUGUCGGUCCUCGGGUUUCUUUUUUUUUUUUUUUUUUU